AUGAUGCACGCAAAAUCUGACUCGGAUGUGACCAGCUUGGCACCUUCAUCCCCAAGAUCACCAAAGAGACCUGUUUACUACGUUCAAAGCCCGUCCAGGGACUCCAACGAUGGCGAUAAAUCGUCCACAAUGCAAGCCACGCCAGCCUUCAACAGUCCCAUGGAGAGCCCAUCGCACCCUUCUUAUGGCCGGCACUCGAGGGCGUCAUCUGCCAGUCGGGUUUCGGGUACCUUUCGGUCCUCUUCGGGUCAGAAAGGGACCCGGAAGCGCAACGAUAAGGGGUGGCCUGAGUGCAAUGUGAUUGAAGAAGAAGGUGACUAUGGUGGGCUUUAUAAAGAUAAGGGAAUUUCUAGAAGGUGCCAGAUUUGGAUUGCUCUGUUUGGGUUUGUUGUGAUUUUCUCCAUCUUCUGCUUGAUUCUUUGGGGUGCUAGCAGGCCUUACAAAGCUCGGGUUGCUGUUAAGAGCUUGGCUUUGCAUAAUUUUUAUUUCGGGGAAGGAUCAGACACAACUGGUGUGCCUUCAAAGAUGCUGACAAUGAAUUGUUCAGUGAAGAUGAGCGUGUACAACCCCGCUACGUUUUUUGGUAUUCAUGUGAGCUCAACACCAAUUAACCUUAUGUAUUCAGAGAUUGCAGUUGCAACUGGCCAGUUGAAGAAAUACUAUCAACCAAGAAAGAGCUACCGGAAUGUGACUGUGAACCUCCAAGGGAUCAAGGUUCCUUUAUAUGGGGCUGGGGCAAGCUUAGCAGUCUCUGAUAACAGUGGAGGAGUUCCGAUGAUGCUGAUGUUUGAAGUCCGGUCACGAGGGAAUGUGGUGGGGAAGUUGGUGAGAUCAAAGCACCAAAGGCACAUAUCUUGCUCCAUGGAAAUCAACUCUCAUAAUAGCAAACCCAUCAAGUUAAAAAUGAGUUCAUGCACCUACAAAUGA